AUGGCAGUGGAUCUCGGUCUCAAUGGGCCUCAGGUCCGGACGCAUGCGGGUCACAGUCACCACCAUCACGACAACACGUAUUUAACGAGUCGGAACAAGAGCGAUCCCGGUGUCCGCAUAACAAGGAUCGGUCUGUAUGUGAACUUGGGCAUGGCGUUGGCAAAGGGGACUGGAGGGAUCCUGUUCAAUUCGCAGGCUUUGACCGCUGACGCGUUACAUGCAAUGACGGACCUUGUAUCGGACAUCACAACACUAGCCACGAUCUCUUACUCUCUCAAACCGCCGACCUCGCGCUUCCCGCUGGGCUUCGGUAAGGUUGAGUCGCUUGGUGCAUUGGGCGUGUCAGGCUUGCUACUGUCUGGUGGCAUCAUGAUCGGUCUCCAAGCUAUUAUGGCGCUCUGCCAGCAGUUCUUCCCAGAGGUAGGAUCGUUCCUCUCGUCUCUAGGCAUCUUCGAGCAUGGACAUCACCAUGGUCACGCUGGCGUUGAGUCCGUGGGUCCUGAUAUCAACGCGGCGUGGCUCGCUGGUGGCAGUAUCGUUAUCAAGGAGUGGCUGUAUCGAGCAACCAUAAAGGUGGCGAGACAGAAGCGAAGCAGCGUCUUGGCCAGUAACGCUUACCACCACCGCAUCGACAGCUUGACCUCAUUCGUUGCGCUGCUUGUGAUUGCAAUGAGUAACUUCAUACGCAACGCGCAGUGGCUUGACCCUGUCGGCGGUCUGAUCAUAAGUGGCAUGAUCGUACAAGCCGGGUGGGUGAACACUAGAGCAGCCGUACUUGAGCUCACGGAUGUCGCCAUGGACAACGAUAUCCAACAAAGUGUUCAGAGCGCCGCCAAUGCUGCUCUAGGACAGUACGCUGAGGACGAGCUCAAACUACAGGGCGUGCAAGGCAUAAAGUCCGGGCAGAACUUUCUGGUAGAGCUCGAAGUGGCUGCCCCUUCGUACUUGACUACUGGUCGUGCGCAAGAGAUUGAAGAAGCUGUGCGCCAACAGGUCUCUGCCAGGGUACGAGGUGUCCGGAGAGUCUUGGUGCGCUUCACAGACAAGGCGGCAGAUGCUCCAGCCUUUGCAGACGAGUUCGUCGCCGGGAGGCUGAGUGACAGCGAAGAUGAGGAGCACGCUCAUGAUCACGACGAGCACAACCACGCGAAAGAUGCAUUCCAGUCGAGCGGCAACGGCAAGCAUACCGAAGCAAACGGCAACGUACGUAAGCGACGCUGA